AUGGAGAUAAUGCUAAGACCCAUCCUCACUCUCUUCCUCACCAUCUUCCUCAUCUCCCACAUUUCAGUGUCAAAGGUAUCAUCAGCAUCAGCAGCAACCAUAACGCUAUGCAACAAGUGUCCUCACCCAGUGUGGCCCGGUAUCCAACCCAGCUCAGGAAAGCCCAUCUUGGCCCAAGGAGGCUUCCACCUUCCACCAAACAAGGCCCAAACUCUCCAACUCCCUCCACUCUGGUCGGGCCGUUUCUGGGGCCGACACGGCUGCGCAUUCGACGCCGCAGGCCGCGGCCGCUGCGAUACCGGAGACUGCGGCGGAGCCCUCUUCUGCAACGGCCUCGGCGGAACCCCGCCGGCAACACUCGCCGAGUUCACCUUCGGCGACGACCAAGACUUCUACGACGUGAGCCUCGUCGAUGGCUACAACCUCCCCUUAUCCAUAACCCCAUUGAAGGGUUCAGGAAAAUGCAGCUACGCUGGGUGUGUCAGGGACCUCAACGCCAUGUGCCCCGUGGGCCUGCAGGUUAGGUCACGUGACCAGAGGCACGUGGUUGCAUGCAAGAGUGCUUGCUCUGCUUUCAACUCGCCUAGGUACUGUUGCACUGGGCCUUACGGAAGCCCACAGGCCUGCGGGCCCACUGCUUAUUCGAGGAUAUUCAAAGUGGCUUGUCCUAAGGCCUAUUCUUAUGCAUAUGAUGACCCAACGAGCAUUUCUACUUGCUCUAAGGCUAGCUAUUUGGUCACCUUCUGCCCUCACGGGUCUCUCUCAAAUAAUAAUUAA